CAAGUUAACUACUCUAGAGACUGGCAACUGAAACAAAAAGUGUGAGAAUAAUUCUUUUCUUGAGAUGGAAAUACUGUUAUGAGGGCUUGGGAAUUCUGUUUCUUCCCAACACUGAAGAGUAUAAGAACAAAGUUUUGAACUUGUAUUUUCCCCAUUUUUGAGCUCUCUUAUGAACCAACUCCAGACCAGUUCUUCUAAGUUUCAGCCUGCAAUUUCUGAAGCUGGGCCUUCAGUUGUGUAAUUAGGAUGCCGUUGUUGAGAGGUUUUUAGGUGGGGGGAAUCAAUUGGAUAGUCUUUUGCUCGAGCAAUGGAGGUGUUCCUGAUUUGGAGGCGUGGCCGUUGGGUCAAGACCAGUGUUCUGCUACUUGCAUUGUUCUUUGGGAUUUUGAUGCCUUUAGGAGUGAUGGGUAUCUCUCGAAACAGUACGGGUUCGUCUUCGAAUCCAAGUGUAGUGAAUAUUGGAGUUCUGUUCACUCUGGAUUCGGUUAUUGGAAGGUCUGCGCAGCCUGCAAUUUUAGCUGCAGUGGAUGAUAUCAAUGCUGAUAACACCAUUCUUUCUGGAACGAAACUGAACCUUAUCUUACACGACACAAACUGCAGCGGAUUUCUUGGAACUGUGGAAGCCUUGCAGCUGAUGGAAGAUGAAGUAAUUGCUGCUAUCGGGCCACAAUCGUCGGGAAUCGCUCACGUCAUCUCCCACGUUAUUAACGAACUCCAUGUACCGCUUCUAUCAUUUGGAGCUACAGAUCCCACUUUGUCUGCACUACAAUACCCAUAUUUUGUUCGGACUACACAGAGUGAUUACUUCCAGAUGAAUGCAAUUGCUGAUCUGGUAGAUCAUUUUAAAUGGAGAGAGGUCAUUGCCAUCUAUGUAGAUGAUGAUAAUGGCAGAAGCGGGAUAUCAGCAUUGGGCGAUGCCUUGGCAAAGAAGCGAGCCAGGAUCUCUUAUAAGGCUGGCUUCUCUCCUGGAUCCACCCAAAGCACAAUUAGUGAUUUGUUGAUUGGAGUAAACCUCAUGGAAUCUCGGGUGUAUAUUGUACAUGUUAAUCCUGACACUGGUUUAUCGAUAUUUUCGAUUGCUAAGAAACUUCAGAUGAUGCGCAGUGGCUAUGUUUGGAUUGCAACAGAUUGGCUUCCUUCUUUUCUUGAUUCUUUUGAAACAAAUAGUCCUGAAAUAAUGAAUCAGUUACAAGGAGUUGUUGCUCUUCGUCACCACACACCAGACAGCGAACUGAAGAGAAACUUCAUUUCCAAGUGGAAGAAUCUAAAACACAAGAAGAGUCCAAACUUCAACUCAUAUGCACUCUAUGCAUACGACUCUGUUUGGUUAGCAGCCCGUGCUCUCGAUACGUAUAUUAAAGAAGGCGGUAAUAUAUCUUUCUCCAGUGACUCAAAGUUACGCGACAACAAUGGAAGCAUGCUGCACUUAACAUCACUUCGAGUCUUUAAUGGCGGCGAACAACUUCUGCAGACAAUUACCAGAACAAACUUCACAGGUGUAAGUGGGAGGAUUCAAUUUGCUGAUGGUAAAAAUCUGAUUCAUCCAGCCUAUGAUAUCCUGAACAUUGGUGGAACCGGUUCCCGUAGAAUUGGUUACUGGUCAAAUUAUUCUGGUCUAUCAACUGUUGCACCAGAGGACUUGUAUACAAAGCCUCCCAGUGCUUCCCCAAGUAAUCUCUACAGUGUAAUAUGGCCCGGUGAAGCAACAACCACUCCUCGGGGAUGGGUGUUCCCACACAACGGAAAACCGUUGCAAAUCGUAGUUCCUUACCGUGUGAGUUACAAAGCCUUUGUGUCUAAAGACAAGAACCCUCCAGGAGUUAAAGGAUAUUGUAUAGAUGUCUUUGAAGCUGCCGUAAACUUAUUGCCUUAUCCAGUUCCUCACACAUAUAUAUUAUAUGGAGAUGGAAAGGACACUCCUGAGUACAGCAAUCUUGUAUAUGAUGUUUCACAGAAUAAAUACGAUGCAGCUGUUGGUGAUAUUACGAUUGUAACGAACAGGACGAAGAUUGUGGACUUCACACAACCAUUUAUGGAGUCGGGACUCGUCGUUGUUACUGUUGUCAAAGAGCAGAAGUCCAAUCCAUGGGCUUUUCUCAGGCCGUUUACGGUUCAAAUGUGGGCUGUCACUGGAAUAUGCUUCAUUUUUGUGGGAGCAGUUGUUUGGAUUCUUGAGCACCGGACGAACGAAGAGUUCCGUGGUCCACCAAGGCAACAACUAAUAACUAUAUUCUGGUUUAGUUUCUCAACAAUGUUUUUUUCACACAAGGAAAACACCGUUAGCACCCUUGGACGGUUGGUGCUGAUUAUAUGGCUCUUUGUUGUGUUGAUUAUCAAUUCGAGCUACACAGCUAGUUUGACGUCGAUCUUAACGGUACAGCAGCUAUCGUCAAAUAUCGAAGGGAUUGAUAGCUUAAUCUCUAGAACAGAUGCCAUUGGAGUUCAAGAGGGUUCAUUUGCAUUGAAUUAUCUGAUUGAUGAGCUGAAUAUAGCAGCAUCUAGGAUCAUUAAAUUGAGAAAUCAGGAGGAAUAUGUUGAUGCUCUUACGCGUGGAUCGGCAGAUGGCGGGGUAGCGGCCAUCGUAGAUGAGCUUCCUUACGUCGAGCUUUUCUUAUCCAGCACCAAUUGCGAGUUCAGGACGGUUGGGCAGGAGUUCACAAAAAGUGGAUGGGGAUUUGCAUUCCAAAGGGACUCUCCUCUUGCAGUUGAUUUAUCAACAGCAAUUCUUCAACUCUCAGAGAAUGGUGAUCUCCAAAAGAUCCACGACAAAUGGCUCUCACGAACCGAGUGUUCGACAAACGUCAACCAAGUCGACGUAAGCCAACUAUCACUGAGCAGCUUUUGGGGACUGUUCCUAAUAUGUGGCAUUGCUUGCUUUAGUGCUCUUCUGAUAUUCUUCUUUAGAGUCCUAUUCCAAUAUCGAAGAUUUACCCCUGAAACACAGCCCGAAGUCGACGAUAUCGAACCUGUUACUGUCAGGACGAGACGCCUCAGCCGUACAGCCAGCUUCAUUCAAUUUGUAGAUAAAAAAGAAGCAGAGAUCAAAGAUAAAAAAAGAAAAACCAGUGAUGCCAAACAAGCUAGCCAUAGCUCAGAGAGCCACCUUGAUUCGCCAUCUUAUUAGGACGCUUGCACAUUGUCCAGACUAUUACUAAUUUUCUAUAUAUAUUUUGGGUUUGUUCCAAUACCUGAUGCUAAAGUUUCUUAUUGAUUUGAAAGCAGAAGAAUUUGAGAAUGGCUUUCUUUCUUUGUGUAGAUCAGCCCUUUUUUGGGUCAUACCAUCAAAUCUAUACCACUUUUCUUUUUUCGGGAUGGAGAAA